AUGAGACAAGAGCAUUGAUGUAACAGCUGUUGCGGCGCGGGGACGAUACUUUUCUCUCGAGUUUCUCCGGUCGGCGCGCGCGCAGUCGAACCUCCGCCGCGGGAAAACACGCGCGUCUUUACUUACUGUCCAUGUCCAUACCUCCCUUCACGCUCAACUAAGUUAUGAGCGAAAUUAUACGAUUAUAUUAAGAAAUUUGUGUGAAACCCCAGUUUAUAAAAGCGAGCAUUGUGUUUGUGUAAUUGAUAGGCGAUAGAAAGUUGGCUAACUUGUUGCCUGGGUGAACAAACGUAUAAACACCGUAUAUUUUACAAGUUGUGCACCAGUGCCGGUGGAUAACUGUAAGGCGGUCGUGAAUGCCGGGCCGCAUGGAUGGCGGCGCACGCCAGCCGCUCGCUAGCCGUUCUACUCACAGUACUGACGCUAGUUGUAGCCAAAUAUGCUGAGUUAGAGUCAUGGAGGGGCGCCGGGAGGCCGGCGACGGCGGCCCAGGAGGCCGAGGAUGAGAAACGAGACAUCGAACUGCUAGAAGCAGUCAAGGAGUCUAUGAAAGAAUGGGAGCAGAAGAGAGCUCGGACUAGGAGUAAACGAUCUCAAGGCAGCGUCUGCUAUGGAGAAUUCGGAUGUUUCGAGGAUGCUGGUCCUUUCGCGUACUUGGAGACGCUGCCCAGCUCACCGCAGGAGGUCGGCACACACUUCCUGCUCUAUUCUACUGUCAGCAGAGGAGACCAGCCACUCCUGGCUGUGUCAGCGAGCAACAUGUCUGCGGCAUGGGGCUGGGCAGCGAGGGCUUUCGAGCCCAACCGUCCCACCAGGGUGAUCGUCCACGGCUUCGGCUCCAACUGUGACAACGUGUGGGUCUACGAAAUGAGGUCGGCUUUAAUGGCUGUUGAAGAAUGCAACGUGGUCUGUGUAGAUUGGGAGGGUGGGGCUUCGAUGCCGAACUAUCUCCGAGCGGCUGCGAAUACUAGACUUGUUGGAAAACAGCUGGCUAUGUUGUUGCAAGGUUUCGCCAAGCAUAUAGAUUUGAGGUUCGAGGAUGUUCACUUGAUCGGUUUUAGUUUAGGCGCUCAUGUCGCUGGUUUUGCUGGCUCAGAAUUACGGAAUAUUAGUCGGAUAACAGGAUUAGACCCAGCGGGUCCUCUCUUCGAGUUCCAAGACCCCCGUGCUCGUUUGGACCGAUCUGAUGCCAAGUUCGUGGAUGUCAUACAUUCCAACGGCGAGACUCUGAUACUCGGCGGUCUCGGGGCUGCACAACCUUUAGGCCACGUCGACUUUUACCCCAACGGAGGAAGGGUGCAACAUGGAUGUUCAAACUUAUUCGUGGGUGCAGUAUCAGAUUUUGUCCUGCCAUGGGCGGCAGCGUCACCCGAAGGCCGCUCGCUGUGUAACCACAGGCGCGCCUACAAAUUCUUCACCGACUCAGUGUCACCCAAAUGUCACUUCCCGGCUUUCCCCUGCGCCGAUUACGACACCUUCCUCGAGGGCCGGUGCUUCCCCUGCGACGGGCAGCGACGAUGCGGGAACAUGGGUUACUACGCAGACCGGUCCUUGGGACGAGGCCAGCUUUAUUUGCUCACCAGAGAGGAAGAACCGUUUUGUGCUCAUCAAUACCACGUUUCGGUGUGGGCCGGCAGCGGAUCUGGAGACAAGGCCAACUUCGGCAGAGUGACGUUGACACUACACGGGGACUCUGGACUUAACGAGUCUUUUCCUAUGACCAAACGCGAGGACAUAGUGAACGGCAGCGCUCGCUUCACCCGCGUCCUCGUCCCGCACCCCGCACUGGGCGUGCCUCUCCGCGCCACGGUCCACUACGCAGGGUACUCCGGCUGGCUCAGUGCUAGCGCCAAGUCCAUACACAUACACAAACUUCUCAUCACUGAUAGCUUCUCUAAGACGUCUUCAUUCUGUAAGAAAGGAAUCCAGUUAUUGUCUGAAGAAUCAAUAGAAAUGCCACUCUAUCCAGGCGAUUGUGAAAUACAACAGGAUAACGAUUUAUUAAAUUCAACGAACAUCAACCACGACUACAUAAACAACAAACAAAAUACAACGAAAGAAGAGGCAAACGCUAUCGAUCCUGUUGACAACGAACUGCCCGAGGAGUCGCCUCAGCGUCCCUUCACACUUGUGGACACCUACGAGUGGACGGGAGGCGAGAACACCGGUCGAGCAUUCGGCAUGACCAACACCAAGACUGCUCCCAGUGGCGCCAUCGAGAUCGCCGAACCAGUGCUACGACCACGUCUUCGAAAGACACCUCGACAGCGAGCCGACUCCCCCGACGAACAAGAAAUAUCUGAACCCUUACUGAGAGCAACCCGUCCACCAAGAACGACAACAUUACCUCCGAUACGAAAAGCUAAGAACUACGACAUGUCCACCACUCCCACUUACGAAACCGCCACGUGGGGUGAGAGGGCAGAAAAAGAAGAAACUGGAUUUGUCGUACAAUUCCUACCUUCAAGGCUGGCAUCAUUCAUCUCGAGGGCCGAGAGAUACGCCAGGGAUACUUUACUACCUCUAGUGUCAGCCUAUGCACCGCGCUUGCCAAUAUUCGGUUCCCGAGAGGUACCGAAACCAACUGCGAGGUUUAUUCCCACCGAGGAUGUGAAUGUCACAAGUUCUGUGCCAGUGCCAACACCUACUUUGGAGAUGAAGAUUGAGACAUUACGGACGGUAGGACCGCCGGGGACCAAGCGCGAUUUUGAGUCUCCUGAGGACCCGGAGAUCCCGGUGACGACGACAACGACCACUACUACAACUACGAGUACAACCACUACGCCAUCGACCACCACAACGGAUAGAAUCCGAGCGUCACCCACAGAGAUGCUCAAAAUAGUUCCCGCACCAUCCGCGUCCACCAGUACAGCACUACCGCCCGUAGCGAUAAAAAGUGAUGGUGAGAAGAUUGUCAUCGUGUACCCAAGCAACGCGAGAGACGAGAGGAAGAUCCGCUCCCAUUCCUACCCUGAGGAGAUGCAGUUCGAAGCUCUGUACCGGCACACGGGGUCGCCGACGGACUUGCACGUAGACCUACCUACGUUCACGCCGCCGACCACGACGCUGGCGCCCUCUACCACGUCAAAACCCAAGAGUGAAGCGAGAUACAUUCCAGUAGGCUACGUCAAACCAGGAGACGAAGUAGAUACUAUGUCUAAACCUACGUAGAACAUUUUGAGACUGCCUUCAUUUUGUAAAUAGAACAAGAUUAGUAUUUUUGUACAUAAAUAAUUAAAUAACAAAAAAAUACGUACAUUUAGUGAGUACUUGAAAAAAAAAGUUGUUUUCUCCUGUUGUUAAUUAUUGAAAAUGCCUG